UUCUAUGUGUUACUGUCAAUAGCCCCUUGUACCCGCGCCGUUGGCCCUCGACUUGCAAUUCCCGUUUUCCGCAAGCGUCAGGCGGCGCGAGACUCGAGUCCAGCCCCAAAGCGCCAUGCUGAGCGCUCGUGUGUAUACGGGUCUGGUCACGACGCGACAAGAGCUGCGGGCGGCCCCGAAAUGCGCGUCGUACGCUGGAGCGCGGGGCGGUCGGACGGAGGCGGCGGCGGGCGGUGACGACCGACGGGACCGCCGCGAUGGCGGCGCCCCCGCCGGCGAGCGGCCCAGCGGCGGAGGCCGUAACCGCUACGAGCGUGACGGCGGUCGUGAUGGCGACCGCGACCGUGACCGGCCCUCCUAUGGCGCUAGGGGAGGCCGCUAUGGAGGAGGCCGGGGCCGCGGCGGCUACAGCGGCGGCGGCGGCCGCGGUGGCCGUGGCGAGGGCGGUUACCGCAGUGAGCGCGGUGAUAGGGGCGAGGGCCGUCGCGAGGUCCGCGACGGCGACGGCGAUGCUGGCGGCGGUGGUGGCGGCGUCGAGGGCGGUCGCGGCGGCUACGGCGGCCGCGGCGGCGGCGGCGGCGGCGGUGAGCGGGGCAGCUGGCAGCGGCGCGACCGUGAGGACACGGGGCCUCGUGGCGACCGGCCGCAGCGUUACCAGCGGGAUGACAACGAGGACCGCGGCGGCCGCGGAGGCGGCGGCGGCUACGGCGGCAGCAGGUCGUCAACAGCGCCGCCGACAUACGAGCGCCGCGCGGCGGCGCCCGCCGUACAGGCUCGCGGUAGGUACGGCGACGAUGCGGACGACGAACACCUGGAUCUGGAUCCAGAGCAGGAUCUGCACGAUGAGGACGUGGAUGAUGAGGGGGUCGAGGGCGAUGGGCCGUACGACUCGGCGGCGCGCCGCGGCCCCUCCGGCCCGCCGCUUCGCGACUCGCUGCAGGGGGAGGCGCUGUACGGCGUGUACCCCGUGCUGGCGGCGCUGAGGGCCAAGCGGCGGAAGGUGCACCGGGCCUUCCUGUUUGAGUUCAUCGACCUGUCCAAACGCAAGGACGCUGGCCUGAUCCGCCAGGUUGAGGCGCUGUGUGCCGAGGCGGGAGUGGAGGUGGUGCGGGCGGGGCGGCACGAGCUGAACCUCAUGAGCCAGGACCGGCCGCACCAGGGUCUGGUGCUGGACGUGGCGCCGCUAACCUGGACACACAUGGACGAAUUCCCGCCCGCGGCCCAGGCGGCGGCGGCAGCGGCGGAGGCGGGGGCGCCGCCGCCUGUGUGGCUGGCGCUGGAUGAGGUGGUGGACCCGCAAAACCUGGGUGCGGUGGUCCGCUCCGCCUACUGCCUGGGCGCCGCGGGCGUGCUGGCCUGCUCCCGCAACUGCGCGCCGCUGUCGCCCGUGGUUUCCAAGGCCAGCGCCGGCGCUGUGGAGGCGCUGCCGCUGCACAGCUGCCACAACCUGCCGCGCACGCUGAUGGACGCACGCGACCUCAAGGGUUGGGCGGUGCUGGGCGCGGCGGCGGGCGGCGGCAGCGAGCCGGUGGGGCGAGUGGCCGUGACCGGACCCACCAUCCUGGUGCUGGGCAGCGAGGGCUUUGGUCUGCGCACCAACACGCGCCGCGCCUGUAGCCGGCUGGUGCGCGUGGAGAUGGCGCCCGCCUCCUCCUCGCCAGCACCACCAGCACCAGCACCAGCACCAGUGGCAGGCGGAGCCGCAGGCGCGCCGCCGCCGCCUGCCGCUGCGGCGCCCGCGGCCCGGGCUGCCAUGCGCGGCCUUGUGGAUUCGCUCAACGUGUCUGUGGCCACAGGCAUCCUGCUGCACUCGCUGCUCAGCUCGGCGGCGGCCUCGGUGGCAGCGGCGACGGCGACUGGGUCGGCGGCGGCUGCGUCGGGGGCAGGCGAGGCCACGGGCUCUGAGGCCGCGUGAUGAGAUGGGACGGGUCAAAGGACGAGGCGGCAGGAGGUGGCGAAGCGUAGCUGGUGGAUAUGGUAUGUGUUCUUUAGUUCGCGAGUGAGCGGGUCGGAGGAGGAGGUGGGGAUGUGUGCAUGCCGAGUGGGGUGGGUGGUCGGAUGCUGGCGAUUCGUCUUCUUUGGGGUGCGGGUGCAGGUGGGGUUCUGACACUGGCGAACAUGGCUAGCGAACUGGUGAGGCAGGGCCGUGCUGAAUGGACCAAGGAUAUACGCUACCGAGUUCGGUGUUAUGGGCAAGGUUUGCACGCUGAGCUGCACUAGAGCGUGGAAGAUCCGUAUGGUCGUGUGGAGCCGCACAACCCCGUUUCAUGGAACCCUGGAGCUUUGGAAAAGGGGUUACGGAACAACCCAUUCCACGGCUCCUGGAAACAGGUCGUUUCCAAGCGCUCCAUGGAACCGGUGCAUGGAACUGCCAUCAGCUUUUUCAACAUGGCUCC